UCUCCUCCGCACCGAAAAAUAAUACACUACGGUCUACGGCCGCUAUAGAGAGACAGAGAGGGCAAUCAUCAGGACACGCUAACUCCGACCGCCUAUCGCUGGCGACACACUCGGCCGCUCCUUCCUGAUCAAGGCUAGUUUACUGUCAAGUAUCCGGCAUUCCAUCACCCGAUAAAGGCGAAAAGUGAGGGAACAAGAAGAAAAAAAUAAACGGCUGCGGUUGAAUUCAAUUUUCAGAAGUUAAAUCUUUCGAGAAUAGCAAUAUAAUCAUUUUAGCUUUGUACCUUUGUUUUGUUUUGUUUUGGUUUGGCUUUGAGUCUUCUCUACUCCGAAACACAGCCAAGACUGAUCAACCCAACUUUCGGAGGAGAAUUUUCUGCCCAAGUUUAAUUUUUAAGCACAUAAAUUAUUCAAACUGGGGUUGCGUCUAUGAACCUGUUCUAUCACUGUAUGCUGCUGCUGACUAGGUAAUGAAGGGUUUUCGUGAGAGGGUAUCCUCCAAAUGUUCUUCUAAAACUACAACUGAUACCCCAAAUAGAUCUUUGACAUCUGAUUGUUCAGAAGCAGGGUCUAUUAACAGUAAGUUCUCCAAGGGCUCUUUAUGGUCAAGCUUCUUUGCAUCUGCUUUCUCAGUCAUUGAAACGUAUCGUGAGUCACCAGCUUUUGAGAAGAAGGGAAGUCAUACUAGAAACAAUGGUUGGGUGUCAGCUGUGAAGAAAAUUGUGGCAGGUGGCUCAAUGAGGAGAAUCCAUGAGCGUGUUUUAGGGCCAAGCAGGACUGGGAUAUCAAGUACAACUAGUGACAUAUGGCUUCUAGGUGCAUGCUAUAAGAUUUCUCAAGAUGAGUCCUCUGGGAAUGCAGCCACAAGCAAUGGAUUAGCUGCAUUCAAACAUGAUUUUUCAUCGCGAAUUUUAGUGACAUAUCGAAAAGGUUUUGAUGCAAUUGGAGAUUCAAAUUUUACUAGUGAUGUGGGCUGGGGUUGCAUGCUUCGAAGCAGUCAGAUGCUUGUUGCUCAGGCAUUGCUUUUUCAUCAUUUGGGUAGAUCUUGGAGGAAACCUCUAGAGAAGCCACUGGAUCAUCAAUAUGUUGAGAUCUUGCACCUUCUUGGUGAUUCUGAGGCAUCACCAUUUUCUAUCCACAAUCUUAUUCAUGCUGGUAAGGCUUAUAGCCUUGCAGCUGGGUCAUGGGUAGGCCCAUAUGCUGUGUGCCGCUCCUGGGAAUCACUUGCCCGCUGCAAGAGAGAGGAAAACAAACUUGGAUACCAGCUACUUCCAAUGGCUGUUUAUGUUGUUUCUGGUGAUGAAGAUGGGGAACGGGGUGGAGCUCCGGUUGUCUGCAUUGAAGAUGCCUCUAGACAUUGUAUAGAGUUUUCUAGAGGUCAAGAAAAAUGGAGUCCGAUUCUUCUUUUGGUUCCUUUGGUUCUUGGACUUGAAAAAGUAAAUCCAAGGUAUAUUCCAUCUCUGCAGGCAACAUUUACUUUUCCGCAAAGCCUUGGCAUUAUGGGUGGGAAGCCUGGUGCCUCAACUUACAUUGUUGGUGUGCAGGAUGACAGUGCUUUUUACCUUGAUCCACAUGAUGUUCAACCGGUGGUCAAUAUUAGCAGAGAUUACACAGAGGCUGACACUUCAUCUUAUCACUGCGAUAUCAUACGACACAUUCCCCUCGACUCCAUUGAUCCAUCGUUGGCCAUCGGAUUUUAUUGUCGAGACAAAGAUGAUUUCGAUGAAUUUUGUUCGUUGGCAUCCAAGCUGGCAGAUGACUCGCACGGUGCGCCAUUGUUUACUGUGACUCAAACCCGUAAAUUGCUGAAGCAAGUCAGCCACUGCACUUCGAAUGAAAGUGAUGGAGUUGAAGGUGAUGAUUCCUUUGGUGUGAUGCCCAUGAAUGAUGCAGAGGGCUCUGCACAGGAAGAUGAGUGGCAAUUGCUUUGAUUUUGCAGAUAAGAAACUUGUAUAUGGCUAUGGCUUGGCCUUUUAAUACCGAAUUCCAAAAACAUACAGAUCUUGUCAACUGUAUUUCUUCUCAUUCUCCCCUUUGGUGUCAACAUUUGUAGAAAGUAACAUUGCUACUCUUCAAUAUUUAUGAUUCUUUUUCAUUAUUUUUUAAGAUUUGUAAGAGUAUGGGAGUUUCAAUUAA